CCACCCUUUGUGUUCAAAAUAGCAUGAACUGGCCUUGGUAUUCAUCAACACCUUUUGUCAUGGUAUAUGGCAUUCAUGGUUGUUCUUUGCUUCUUUCAGAUCUUACGUUAGAUGCUUCUGUCUCUUUGUGUAAUCACAGACUCAGGCUCUUAGGCUUACACUGAUAUCAGAACAGUGAUGGAGGGGGAAAAAGACCCUUAAUCGAUGGGACAAAAAGACAAAUGCGAGUUCUAGGCUCCUGUUAACUAAAGCUCGACUAACUUAUGUGAUUGUAUAAGCCCAUUUAACAAGUGGCAAAUAGCAGGGUUGAUAAUAGAUAUUUUAAAGUAAGUCCAACAACAGCAGUUUGAGCCAUUUUUUGGGCUACCGGUGUCACAUUUGCAUACUUUGUCGACCAUACAGCCAGACAGACAGGAAGGCCAUGUUCUCUUUAAAGAGAACAGUGCAGCUCACACUUCUGCAAAGUUACAGUGUUUCAGAAAUGUCUGAUGUUCACAUAAGCUUUUAUAGAUAGUUUGACAAAUUUAAAGCUGAGACAGAGCUUUUUCAGAAAUAAGGGCAAUUUAAAAUCCUUUAAAUCUGAUUUAUGACCAUCACUUGUCGAAACUGUAUAGAACUGCUAAUAUUAGAAAACCAACGGGCGUACACUAAAAAUAAACAUGCGCACACUGAGAAAUGUAAAUGCUUUUUGUCUUGUUUCUGUAUUCUCAGUCACUACAACAAUAUAUUGCAGGUUUAAAGGAUGACAUAAGGUAACUAGAACAUGAUCUCCUGUCACUUGCAUUGUAUAGACUGAAAUAAAAGCCUCUAAAUUCAUGCACUGUUUAAAUCAAGACAUUAAAAUUAGUCAUUACGACAGAUUUGUUGACAGACUAUUUUAACUGUCAAAAAUAGCUAUUCAGUCACAAUCCUUAUAAAAAAAAUAUGUCUAUACUUUUUCAGUUUUAAUACAUCUAAAUUGACACGUUGGCCUUUGAAAUCCUGCAUCAGUAAGGUUUGGCUUUUAUUGAGGUUUGCUUGAGCUCUUACCCAAACAGGAAUUGCAAAUUCAUAAUUGACACCUCGUAGGAACAGAGGCAUGUCAAAUUUUGCAUCUGUCUGCAUGCUGAACUCUACAUCAAUAUUUGAUCCUAGAUAAAAUGCAAAUGCUAGCAUGUCUGGCAAACUAGCUUCGUCCGAACAACAACAACAACCUAUCUUGAUUUCCAAGGAAAAGCAUUGGCACAUGGUUGACUAUGUAUUCUUCUUUUGUUUGGUGUGUUCAGGCAUGAAACAUCCACUGUGCCAUCUAGCAGUAUCCAGGACUGAGGCAGUCCUAGAUGCCACUACUGUAGUACCGGCAACUUCAAUUGGAAUUCAAAACAAAACUUUAUGAGAUUAAAUGUAAUGUACAACAUCACACCUAAAUGAUCAACUCUAAUAAGAUGGAUGCUUGUGUAUUGUACCUUGAACCUUUUCUGCUUUAUAUUGAAGUAUAAGCCAAAUUUAAGUUUUACAGUAUAGUGAGAGGUCCCGGAUAAUGUUUAACUUAUGUGUGACUACAAAUAAAGUAAAUAGAAUUCAAUAAUUACUGAUCACAUUUUGAUAGUCUUGUAAAUGAAAGCCUGAAAUACUAUAACAUUUAUAGCAGGACCAAAGGAACCAUUGUCAAAAAGAGGAAGUAACCCAGUUAGAAAUAGCAUCUGUGAUACUGAAAGGGCUCAUUUGCUGAAACCACUGAUGCCAGCAUGACUUUUUUAUAUAUUCCUCAUCUAAUUCUUGCUGGACUUGUGGGUAAGUGAGCUAAACCCUGAGCUGUUCAGUCAUAAAAUAUGAUCCGUUACGUUUAAAAUGAUGAUUGGUUAUUUUCAAUUAUUAAUAUUUGGUUUUGAUAAAAUCUAUAGUCUGUGACAGAUAUGUUGGCUAUGUGGUAGUAACCUGUGGAUGAUAGUGGCAGUGCAUUUAAGGAGCAUCACUGCAAUUUACCUGUCUUCUAUUGCUUUGUCAGGAAUUCACUGUCACAUUACUACAGUGAGUAAAGUGCCAAUGAAGGUUGGAGAUUCCAUUUCUAUCCCUUGUCUCUAUGAGCAGAAAUACAGUGAUAAUGUCAAAUACUUGUGUAAAGGAAAUGUAUGGAUUUUGUGCAAAAUCGUGAUUGCAACAAACCAGCAACCUUGCUCGGGAAGGUUUUGCAUCUCUGAUGACACAAAACAAGGAAUCUUCACUGUGACUAUUACUAAUCUGACUGAUGAAGACAAGUUUUUUUGGUGUGCUGUGAAAAUUCUACUUCCAGAUGUUCAUCAAUAUUUUGAGCUGUCAGUUACCACAGGUACACCAAGUCUCUAUGUGAGCCAGAAGGAAAUUACAGGACACGAAGGAGGAAGUGUGACUGUUCUAUGCCGCUAUAUUUGUCCAGAGGUACCUCGGUGGUGCAGGCUGGGCAGCAGCUGUGUAACAGCUCAAACUGGAUCAAUAGAUGGAACAACUAUGGAAAUCAAUGCAAGUGUUCCUAAUGUUUUCAAUGUGACUAUGAGUGAGCUGAGGAGUGAGAGCAGUGGCUGGUAUUGGUGUGCCAGUGAAAACCAACAGAUGCCAGUGCAUAUAACUGUUCAUGAAUUAUCCUCAACUACUGCAACUAUACUGAGGCCCAAAACAACAGACCUCACAGGGAUUCCUUCAACCACUUGCCAGACUUCCUUCUUGCUCACAAGUACUGAAACACACGCAGCUCCAGCCGCAAACGUCACCGUAAAUGGAACAGGUAGUGGAAGUCCCCAAGAUGAACACCAGAGUUUCACAACAGUAAUAAUUGUCACUACCACCAUGGUCUUGCUGCUGGUAGUUGUUCCUGCUGCUUGUUUGGGAUGGAGGAUGAUCAUGCAUAAUAAAAGCAAACCUGAAGUAUGGGACAUCAAUGUGGGCACAGAAACUCCUGAUUCUGAUAUGCCUUACGCUACCAUUGUUCAUAACCAGCAUGCAGGAGCCAAGACAAAGGACUGCAGUCUUGCGGAGAGUGUGACAUACAGCACCAUUGUCCUGAAGGAUAACAUGCAACAAAUGAAUCAGUCUUGUAGUGUAGCCGUUCAAGUUCACAUCGAUAUGGCUGUUCAUCUCAGCACUCUUCUUAUCCUCACUGGACUAACAGGAAUUUGCUGCGUAACAACGGUCAGUGAAGUAUCAGUGAAGACUGGAGACUCAGUCACCAUCCCCUGUCUCUAUGACAGAGAGUACAUAAACCACGUUAAAGGCUUGUGUGAAGGAUACUAUUGGAAUCAGUGCUCAUUUGCAGUUAAAACAAAUCAACCAGAUAGAUCAGGAAAGUUUUCCAUCUCAGAUGACAAAAACCAAAGAAUUUUCACUGUGACUAUGAAAAGACUGACAAAUAAAAACACUGAUUACUGGUGUGCAGUGGAGAAAAGUGGCUCAGAUAUCAGACAUUAUUUUCACCUGUCAGUCACCAGUACACCCAGUCUCUAUGUGGAUCAUCAGGAGGUGACAGGAAUUAUUGGAGAAAACGUAACCAUCAACUGUCACUACAGUAACACUGGAAUAAUGAGGUGGUGCAGGCUGGGAAAGAACUGUGUAACAGGGCCAUCUGGAUCAAUAGAUGGAACAAGAGUGACUAUCGAUGCACAGCCUUCGAAGGUUUUCACUGUGACUAUGAGUGAACUGAAUGCAGAGAGCAGUGGCUGGUAUUGGUGUUCCAUAGGAAACUUCCAGAUGCCAGUGCAUGUGACUGUUAGUGAAAACCACUUCACAACCACAAAUUCUUACAGUACUGAUGUUGGAACAAUCACCACAGUUGCAAAUAAACAGAACAGUAUUGGCCUAAAGAGCCCCAUCAUCCGUCUGAGUGUGUUGGCCUUCAUUGUAAUUGUGGGUUUGAUCGUCUGGUUUAUGUUGAGACACAAGCAGACCAAAGCAGAAUCAUCAUCCAGAACAGUAGUGGAUGAGGGCAUAACAUUUUCUACAGUCAAACACAAUAAUGAAACUUCAAGCCAGACACAAGAGGACGCAAUCUACUCUGAAGUUGAAUUUAUUAGAGAAAAUUCGCCUCAGAGGUCAAAUGCUGAAAGUGAUGUGGAGGGUGAAGCAAAAGAUGUGGUUGUUCCUGUAGCCGUUCAAGUUCACAUCGACAUGGCCGUUCAUUUCAGCAUUCUUCUUAUCCUCACUGGACUAACAGGAAUUUGCUGCGUAACAACGGUCAGUGAAGUAUCAGUGAAGACUGGAGACUCAGUCACCAUCCCCUGUCUCUAUGACAGAGAGUACAUAAACCACGUUAAAGGCUUGUGUGAAGGAUACUAUUGGAAUCAGUGCUCAUUUGCAGUUAAAACAAAUCAACCAGAUAGAUCAGGAAAGUUUUCCAUCUCAGAUGACAAAAACCAAAGAAUUUUCACUGUGACUAUGAAAAGACUGACAAAUAAAAACACUGAUUACUGGUGUGCAGUGGAGAAAAGUGGCUCAGAUAUCAGACAUUAUUUUCACCUGUCAGUCACCAGUACACCCAGUCUCUAUGUGGAUCAUCAGGAGGUGACAGGAAUUAUUGGAGAAAGCAUAACCAUCAACUGUCACUACAGUAACACUGGAAUAAUGAGGUGGUGCAGGCUGGGAAAGAACUGUGUAACAGGGCCAUCUGGAUCAAUAGAUGGAACAAGAGUGACUAUCGAUGCACAGCCUUCGAAGGUUUUCACUGUGACUAUGAGUGAACUGAAUGCAGAGAGCAGUGGCUGGUAUUGGUGUUCCAUAGGAAACUUCCAGAUGCCAGUGCAUGUGACUGUUAGUGAGAAACCCACCACCACCACAAAUUCUUACAGUACUGAUGUUGGAACAAUCCCCACAGUUGCAAAUAAACAGAACAGCACUUCUGUUGACCUAAAGAGCCUCAUCAUUCCCCUGAGCUUGUUGGUCUUCAUUGCAAUUGUGGCUUUCAUCAUCUGGUUUAUGUUGAGACACAAGCAGAUCAAAGCAUCAUCCACAGAAAUGGCUGAUGAGGAAAUAAUGUACUCUACAGUAAACAAGAAAAAAACUUCAAGCCAGGCUGAUGAGGAAAUAAUGUAUUCUACUGUAAACAAGAAAAAAACUUCAAGCCAGGUUGCUAGGUCUGCUCAUUCAGCUAAGCCUCAAGAGGACGCAACGUACUCCAAUGUUGAAUUCACAAGAAAAAGCUCACGUCGGAAGUCAAAUCCUGAAAAUGAUGUGGAGGCGAUGUACAGUUCAGUGGUGACCAUAAAGAAACCAAGGGAAAAAAGGGCUGAAGCUAAAGAUGUGGAUGUUACAUACAGCACAUUAGCUGAGCACCACCGAAACAUUUAAAUGUUGCAACUGUUGGUCUUUUUGUCUGUGUCCUACUGUACUGUUUUUUUAGAUUCGUGUCACACUGUGUUCUCUUCUGUUAUUGAUAAUCUCUUGUUUUAUUAUAAACUGAUGCUAUUUUUUCUAGCUGCCAAAAAUAUAUUCAUAUACACAAUGAAUAAUCCUGAUAUUUAUUGUCAAGAUGUUUGGUUUUUAAUGUGUAUAUUUAACAUUUUUGUAUUUACAGUUUAUUAUAUAUUUGUUGAUGUUGUGUAUUCAAGAAAUGCAUUAUUUGCAAAUGAAUGUGGAUAAAUGGACAAACUUGCAGUGUAUAGAAUGGCUGAACUACAUUAGAGCAAACAAAAAAAAUUGAAUCUGAAAAAAUUUUAUUCAGCGGUACAGAUUAUAUUAUUUGAUAAAUAUAUUUUUAUUAACUAUUCUGUUUUUGCUACUGUCAUAACUCACUCCGCACAGCUUUUAAAAGUGUUUGUCUACAACAAAGUAUACUAGAUACUUUCACACAUCUAACUUCCCAAAAAUGUAACUUCCUUACAGUAAGGGGGAAAUGGCAGACAGGCAGGGUGGGACUGUUACACUUGCAUUUAUGAAUAAACCAUGAAGUAGAUUAA